AUGCAUGAGCCUGCUGUUGGUCCCUUGUCUGCCAUUUGCUAUCCCAUUCUCGCUGUUGUCGGCACUGCUGCGAACUUGGUGGCGAUUAUAAUCCUAUGCCGAGGACAGUGUGGACUUUCUCGAUGUAUCACCUGCUACUUAGUGGCGAUAGCAGUGUCAGAUUUCUUUGUCAUCAUCUUUGCAGUUAUCCUCAACCGGAUCAUUCGCCUCUACUUUACGUAUAGUCUGCUUUCUACCACUCCUGGAUGUAGAUUCAGCACUGUGCUAGUCUAUGUUACGCAGGAUUGUUCAGUUUGGCUGACUUUGGCCUUCACCAUCGACCGCUUUGUCGCUAUUUGCUGUCAGAGUCUGAAGCUCAGAUACUGCACUGAGAAAUCUGCAUCCAUGGUCAUAGGAAUACUCUGUGCUUUGAGCUGCAUUAAAAACAUUCCUUUCUAUUUCAUCUACCAACCAUUGUACGUGGUGGAUGGGGUUCCCUGGUUCUGCGACAUCAAAUCAACUUUCUACACCUUACCCAUCUGGCAGGCCUACGACUGGCUGGACCACGUCUUAACCCCAGUUCUUCCAUUCGUCCUCAUUUUGCUGCUCAAUGCCCUGACCGUAAGAUACAUUCUCAUGGCUAUCCGAGCUCGUAAGAGACUCUUGAGCAUGGAGAAUGGUACUGACCCAGAGAUGGUCAAACGUAGAAAGUCUAUUGUUCUUCUCUUCACAAUCUCUCUCAGCUUCCUCUGCCUGUGGGUCAUGCAUGUUGGACGUUUCCUCUAUGUCAGAGUGACAGGAAAGGGUUACUUCACUGGUCUGGAGGUCAAUGACUUGCAGUCUAUCUUUCAAGAGACGACCAACAUGUUCCAGUUACUUAGUUCUUGCAACAAUGUCUUCAUAUACGCAGUGUCCCAGCACAAGUUCAGAAAGGAACUGCACAAAGUGCUGACUUCUCCCUUCAAAAUUAUAAUUGGUUUCAUUAAACAGUGA